AUGGUUGCUGAUUAUUUUAACUCAUCGUCCCCGCGUUGCUUAACGACACAAGCAACUGCAGCAGGAUCCCAAAUGCUGUACUCUCGCUAUUCGUUUGUGAUGGCAGCCCUGGCUUCGUACGGACAAACUUUUGUUUAUUCUCUGAAAAGCAUGCUAGAAAAAUACGCUCAGCAGGAGCGCACGUUGGAUUUCCAUAUGGCGAGGACAUCGACAGUUCUCCCGCUAUCCUUGCUUUCACUGAAGUGCGACAACGUUGACGCCGAGACAGUCAUAUUUACCUGCACGCGGGGCCAGACUCGCUUCUGUCACCUACAGCGACACCUGAGAGCCUUCAACAAGGUACUGUGGAACCUGCGCCUCCAGCUCAGAGAAGAUCCACGGAGCCAGCUCGGGGACGUCAGCGUCGUCACGGUGUCGGGCGUUUGCGAGGAGUUCCCGCAUUGCACAAAAUGCCACAGCGACCAGAAAGCAGACGUCGCCCUCCUGUGCUGUCUGUUCAGAGUGCACCGAUGCAUCGUCUCUGCAGAGUUGAACUACUCCGUGGCGAACGCCGUUACGCUCGCCGAAGCCUUGGAAUCUUCGCCGAGUUUGGAUAGCCUCACCGUUUUCGGUGUCACGAGCGAUCAGCCAAAGGGAUUCGAGGUAACGCCCGCCAAAGCCUGCUCUCUGAAAGGCAGAGGAGUGCUCCGCUUCCCUCAAGGCUACGUGCACUUCUUGAAUAGCAUGAAGGUCCCCAUCCGCUUGCUGGCACAAUGGGGUACCCGCCUCACGUCGCUUAACGUAGCGGAGCUGCAAAUGAGCCCGUUCACGUCGAGGAAGCUCAUCCAAGCUCUCAUUACGAACCACACUAUCACGGACCUCGCCGUCGCAGAGUGCGUCUUCGCUUCCGGUCCGUUGUACGAGUCGUCGCAGUCGUUCGUGGAUUAUCUCCUGAAAGAAAACGCAACGCUCACGAAGCUAACUCUGAGAGGGCUGGACACCAGUAACGAAGUCGUCUGGUUGCAGUCGCUGGCCGAAGCCAUCGCUGCAAUGACGACACUGCAAGAACUAGACGCCCAGUGGCUUGGCAAGAGCCGUUACUGCAAGCGGUUCGCCACGGUCGUCUCGCGCAACCGCUUAGUCCGCUGUUUGACGCUGCGGCUUGACGCGGUGGACAACAUAAUGGACGACCAGCAGCGGGAUGAAGUCGCAGAGGCCGCCGACGAUCGAUCCUGGAUCUCGUCGGUGAAGGAAAACGACUCGCUGCAGAAGUUGGACCUCGACGUCUCGUGGUCCACCACCGAAAACUGCUGUCUGUUACUUGAAGCCUUCGCGAACAAGCAGUGCCUUGAAAGCGUGACGCUGCGAAAUCUUCCUGAUGUUGACAGGCUUGAAGAAGUGUGCAGUGCGAUAAGGAAGAGCGGACUGGUCCACAAUGUCAGCAUCGCGGACUAUCACGUUGAGUACAUGGAUACGCCAACGCUUUCUGACUUUCCUGAGGUGACAGGUGUCACUGUAUAUCUACCGCACUCCGAAGACGCAGCCUCUUUGCAGCGUUUCUUCCAUCGCCUUGUGGCUUCCAACAACAUCUCAUCACUUCGCGUGUAUGUAGAUUUCUUAGACGAAAUUGUUUACGCAUCACUGAGCACUUACAUAAAAGGCGCGUCCGUGCUCAAGGAAAUCUCGCUGGACAUCGAUGUUGACAUCGACGAUGACUGGGACGACGAGCCUCUCGCUCAGUCUAUCACCGACAUGUGCACGGCACUCAGUUCGAAUCUAAGCCUCACCAAGAUAUCCUUGGAGUGGUCGGUAAAUUUACGUGACGAGGACUGUCAAGCGCUCGCUGGCGCCGUCUUCGGCAACCGACGCCUUCACGAGCUCACCCUCAAACUCGCAGCAGACGAUAACAGAGCAGCCAUCCUGCGCCAUCUCUUGCCACGAUUUCACAAAAACUACAGCCUGCUUCACCUCGAAAUUCCAUUCUGCCUAAAACCUUACGACAGCACGUUCGCAGUCCAGGACAUCGUUCGACGCAACUGCAGCCUCGUUGAGCGAGCGACCAGGUUCGUGUUGGGAGACAAGGAUCCCUACUGCGCAUGCGCCGUGGAACUCGUUUCGGAGCACCCGAAGCUCGUGGACAACGUUCGACGCAGGGCGGCACUGAGCGACGAGGCCGCAGCCGUGGCCUUGAUCCGAAGAGGCCUGCGGAAUCUACGCCUCGCCGACGUGCACGAGUUAAUGCGGUUGACUGGCGUCGUCCAGGAACGAGUCGUGUGCAACGCACAAGAGGACGGCGUCACGCAGUUCGACAAACUGAACCACGAGUGCUGGCUGCACGUUCGCCGAUACCUGAUUGUGGCAGAUGUGUUGAAACCCUGACGCGCGCGUUAACCUCGUCCAACUAACUGACACGUACGGUACUGGUACAACGUUAUUCCACUAUCUUCUUGUACGAACGUCCUCCCAGACUGGUACAGUACAACAUGCAGUCCGGUUCGAAAACAUACGCUUAUGAGCACAUAGAAGAUAUGUUUCGAAACAUGCAUGCGAUAAAACGGAGCACUCGGGUGUGAUCAAGAGGCGAUUUCCCAUGGCAGUCCCUGGGUUGUCCGGUUUGAAACAUGCGCUAUAAAUCUAGUGAAGUGUGAAGACCAAACAGAUGUUCGAAAAUAGCCGAAAACGGAGGUCCGCUGGCUGUCCUGCGGACGUUGUGUCGGACGUGGACGUUCGGCUUGAGAUCGGACGUCCAGCGGACACUCGUGGCCCAUUGGGAAGUGCGUUGCGUGCCGGCGCGGAUCUAUCGCUACCUGCAAGUUAUUCUUACCUACACAACACAU